CGGUUUCUUUUACUGAUAAUAAGGAUGUAUUUAUGUGCGCCUUAUCUCAUUUGUGACAACAAGAAAAUGUCAGCCAUGAGUGUGUUUUUCAGCUCAAUCUUUGUGUUCCUUGCCGCCGCUGUAACAAUUUCCGAGGCUACCAGCUGUACCUCAAAUGCCGACUGUCCACAUGACCAGUGUUGUGGGAGGCCCGUCCCCGAUAUCCUCGGUCUGUUCCAGUCAUGCCAAAGGUACAGCCUUGAGGGUGAAUCCUGUCAUGGUUCACUGAUCAGCGCAAGCUGCGACUGCGCACCGGGCCUUACGUGUGUGGAACAUACUGGUUUAUUUGCGCUCUUGCACACAAGUAAAGGCGUGUGCCGCAAAGAAGGCGAAACAACUACAGACGAAGGUCUCACUAUUUUUGGAAAAUGAAGGUUGUGAACUGGACAAUCAUUAAAAAGAAAAAA